AUGGAAGAUUUUAUCGACUUAACUCAGUCAUCUGAAACAGCCUCAGAGCACGGCCGCUCUCCUUGCCCUAACUACGAAGCUGUACUGAAGCUAAUUGAACGCCUUAGCCUGGAAUGCAAAGAUUCUAAUAGCCUAUUAAAAAUCCAAGAUGCAGUUCAUUCAUAUAAAAGACUAAUACAACUUAAAAAUAAUCAGUGCAAAGUACUUAGAAGAAAAUUGGAAGCAAUGGAAAGUGAAGGUAAUGGACUACAGAAGAAGCUAUCAGAAGCAGGACAUGAAAGACUAGAACAGGAACAAGAACUGUACAAACUAAGAUUUGCUUUAAAACAAGAAGAGGAGAAGAGAAAAAAUGCUGACUGGGUUUAUGAAAAAGUUAAGGAGCAGCUAAAAGAAAAAGAGGAGCAAUAUAAUAAAGAAGUUAAAAUGAAACAAAAACUUGAAAUCUAUGUUAGAGAACUAGAUAUGGAAUUGAAGACUGUGAGAAAUAAUCUUAACAAGGUUUUAGAGGAACGGCAUGGCACUGAGAGGCAGCUUUUGCAAGAGCAGAAUGCCAGAAUCUUACAGGAUGAGAUUCUGGCAAAGCACCUUCACAAACAAAAGGAACUAGAAAUGGCACAGGAAAAAAUUAGUUCUCAGUUGCAGGAAGCCCUGGACCAAAACAUAAAGCCUGCACAAUGCGCUAAGAAGAUGCAAGACUGCAUGCAAAAACUUGGACUUGAAAAUUGCAAGUUAAAAGCUACAGCAAGAAAGCAAGCAGAGAAAAUUGACCAGUUAAAGAAAAAUCUACUAAGUGAAAUUUUGAGUGAUGAUUUUACUGCAAAACUGGAGACUGCAUCUUCCAAAUGUCUACGUCUGUAUAAAGAAAACCAGCUGCUGCAGCGGGAAUUACGAUCUAUGAAAACCAUACAAAAGAAAUGUGAAAAAUUAAAGAAGCAUAAAAGGAAGUUAGAACAAGAAGUCGUGAACCUGAAAUGUCACAUGGAAAAAAACAUGAUAGAAUGUGGUCAAAUAGAACAAUAUAAAUGGGAAAUUGAAGAGAAAACAAAGCAGGACUUAGUAGAAAAAUUGAAACAAGUCAACCUAUUUUUGCAGACACAAGCAGCCUAUGAAGACAAGCUAGAGAAGUUAAGACACAAACAGAACACCUCAGUGCGAACCCAGAUGGAGCUCAGAAUAAGGGACCUGGAGUCGGAAUUCUCGAAAAUGAAAAGUCAAGUAGAUUGUAACCAAAUAGAAAUGGAAAACUAUAAGCAUCUCUACCUAGAAGAAGUCAAACUUAGAAAAUCACUGUCAAAUAAACUAAGCAAAACAGAUGAAAGGCUAGCAGAGGUGAAGACCAAACUUCUCCUGGAGAGAAAACAGAACAGAGCUUUACAAUACAGUGCAGUUGAUGCAAGAUCUGUCCUGGAGUCCACUUGUCCUAGAGACCCAAGUAAUAAAUUUUUUAUUUCAAGAAGUGUCUCUGGUGAAAACAUGGCUUCUACCUCAAACCUCUGGCAUUCCGUUGAGACCAUGGAAAACUGCAAGACCAAGUCUUUAUGCCCCUUCUGCAAUGAUCCCUUAGCCUUGGAGGAGAGGUUGCAGUAUAAAUGUGCCACUCAGGACUGA